AUGACUUUCAUUUAUUCAGGCAAAGAUAUCACUGAUAACCAUGAAUCAGGCGUAGGUAUUUUAAUGACCACCAAAGCUAAGAGCAGUCUGCUCGACUGGCAUCCUGUUUCGGACCGAAUAAUAAUGGCACGUUUUUACUCAAGAGUGCGGAACAUCUCAGUCAUACAAUGCUAUGCGCCUACAAAUGCAGCGAGUACAGCCACAAAAGCAAAGUUCUACAGUCACUUGCAAUCGACUCGGCAGAAGAUAAAGCGCCAAGAUAUUAUUAUUUGCAUAGGAGACUUCAACGCCCAACUGGGAUCAGACAACACGAACAUUGAGCCUUGGCUAGGCAGACACGCGAUGGGACGGAGAUCUGAAAACGGUGAUAUGCUUAUAGAUCUCUGCUGUCAAAAUGACCUCAUAGUGGGGGGGUCUAUUUUCCCUCAUAAGAGUUGUCACAAAGUUACAUGGGUUUCACCUGACCGUAUUACAGAGAACCAGAUCGACCAUGUGUUGAUAAGUCGCAACUGGAGAAGAUCCCUUCUAGACGUUCGCAAUAAAAGGGGUGCGGACAUAAAUAGCGACCACCACCUGGUUGUGGCAAAGAUAAAACUAAAAGUAGCGAAAAUCCAGCGGACUGCCAAAACAGCAAGUAGGAACUUUGAUACAGAGAAGCUUCGGAAUCCAACCACAAAACAAAAUUUCCAAGACGACCUCCGUAAUCGUACUGUUAACAUUAGCUACGAAGAAGGGACUAUCGAAGAUCAUUGGGAGUCUGUUAGAGGCGCAUUCCGUGAAAGCUGCCAGUCUGUGCUUGGUUACAAAUGCAUGCCUAAAAAGAAAUGGAUCUCAGGAGCCACUUGGGACAUGAUCCAGGCAAGGCAGCAAAAGAAAGAGCAGAUCAACUCUGCACAAACUCUGGAAGCUAAAGAUCAAACUCCACCUAAAGAAAGACAAACGAGCUUGGACCGAAGCCUUAGCACAGAAAGCAGAGCUGGCGGCAUAUUCUGGAAACACGGACUCCGGUCGUAG